AUGCCACCUCGCGCAGCUCCAGGACAGACUCGUGGAGGCGGUGGCGGCGGCGGCGGCGCUAGAGGUGGUCGUGGCGGUGGUCGCGGCGGCCCUCGUGGUGGACCACCUCCUCGCGGCGGCCCAGGUGGGGGAGCAGCAUCUCCUCGCAUUGGCCCCGCCGCUCUGCCUGGAACCCAUGUUCAGGCCGUGGGCGUAAAACGACCUGGAUAUGGAACGGCAGGCAGAGCAGUGUCUGUUUUCUCCAACUUCUUCAAGAUUAGUUUGCCUGAGAGUAUCAUUUAUCACUACGACGUGAUCUCCCCCGAUGAGAAGGUCCUGCCGGCGCGCCUCAAUAUGGAGUUAAUCCACCACCUCCAGACUAUCGAUGCUGUCGAUGUAUUUACCCCUCGUGCUGUUUACGACGGGCGAAAAAACCUCUUCGCUCCCAGAGAACUGCCUUUUGGCCCGCAGAACAGCCAAUCGUUUGACGUGUGCCUCUCCGACGAUCCCAAUCGCGGAAGCCCAGGGGAAAACACGGGAGGCCGAGGUCCUAAGGUGUAUAAAAUCAAGCUAACCAAAGUCGCCCAAAUCAACCCAGAAGUGCUGCAACGUUUUAUUCAAGGUCAACAAUCUCAUGAUAACAAUGUUUUAACCGCCUUGACAGCAUUGAAUGUCGUUGUCCGUAUGGAACCUACAAUGAAGUACCCCUUCAAUGUUCGAUCUUUCUUCACCGAUCGGGAGACGAAGGACAUCGGUUCAGGUCUUGUCCUGUGGCGUGGCUAUUUUCAGUCUGUGAGGCCCGCAAUUGGACAACUCCUCAUCAACGUCGAUAUCUCGACUGGAACAAUGUACAAGGCCGGACCGUUGAUGGAUCUCUGUCUUGAGUUCUUCGGUAGACCUGGACAACACGCGCUGCUUAGCCCGCGAAACGGCCUGCCAGAUCGUGAGCGAAUUCGUUUACAACGCUUUGUUUCAGGCAUCCGGGUCAAAUCGACAUAUGCUGGUGAAAACAAGACCCCUCGCGUCGUCAAAAAGUUGAGCAGCGCAGGGGCUGCGGAUCUAAGUUUCACCUUGCGGGAUGGAACCAGCAGGACCGUCGCUCAGUAUUUCCAGACGAUCCUCAACCGUCCUUUGAGGUUCCCAAACAAUCUUUGCAUUGAGGUUGGCAGCGGCGCCUUGAUCCCUCUGGAACUAUGCACGGUUCCACCAGGUCAAAUCAUGCGGAAGCAGGUACCGCCAGAGAAAACGAAGGACGUCCUGGAUUUUGCUACAAAGCGACCUAGUGACCGCCUCGCAAGCAUCACGAACGGUCUUUCGGUCCUUCAAUAUGGCCAGUCGGAAUACGUGCGCCAGUUCGGCAUGCACGUCGAAGAUACCGCAGGACCGCUCACAGUAACAGCCCGCGUUUUGCAACCGCCCAAAUUGAAGUAUGGUGUGGGUAGCGCGCAGCCAACCAUCACACCGAGUAACGGCGCGUGGAACAUGAUCGAUAAACGCUUCUUCCGACCUGCGUCCAUUGACAGAUGGAUUGUGGUCGUCUAUGAGAGGCAACAGCGUUUCAACCCACAGGCUGCCCAAGACAUGAUCGACGGCAUGCUGAGGAGCUUCAAGGACGUCGGUAUCCGUGUCACCGACGACAAGCCGAUGGUUAGCUGGCAAAACGGUCAAGGCCGAAUUGCGGACCAAUUGCGUGCCGCUGGCACUGAGUGUUUCACAAAGACGAAACAGCGCCCGCAGCUCAUUGUCGUGGUUCUGCCGGAGAAUGGCAAUGAUAUUUACACUGCAGUUAAACAUUUUGGAGAUGUUACAGUCGGUGUCGCCACUCAGUGCCUUAAGAGCCAGAAAUGUUUCCGCGCCAAACCUCAGUAUUACGCAAAUGUUUGUUUGAAGGUCAAUGUUAAGCUGGGUGGGAUCAACACUAUCCCCGAUCCCUCGUCGGUAACUGUGCUUACUGACCCUCGUCAACCUACCAUUGUAAUGGGCGCCGACGUGAUCCACCCUGCACCCGGCUCUGACGGCCGUCCCUCAUUUACCGCACUUGUCGGUAAUGUUGAUUCCGACACCGCCAAAUACAUUGCCACCAGUCGCGUCCAAGCAUCUCGCGUUGAGAUUAUCGAGGACCUUCAAGACAUGGCGAAGCACGUCCUCACAAUGUAUAUGAAGUACCGCCAGUUUGCGGAGAAGAAGACGGGCAAUCUUGCCCCUACACGUCUGAUCUUUUACAGAGAUGGUGUUUCUGAGGGACAGUUCAAGCAAGUUCUCGAUUCCGAACUUCAAUCCAUCAAAGAUGCUUGCGCCGAGUUGAAGAUUAAUCCCAAGAUCACUAUCAUCAUCGUCGCGAAGCGGCAUCAUGUUCGCUUCUUCCCCAGUGGCUCUGGGCCCAGCGAACAAGAUAAGAGUGGAAACUGCCUUGCGGGCACUGUGGUGGAUCAAGUUGUUGCUCACCCUACCGAAUUCGACUGGUACCUUCAGAGCCAUGGUGGUCUUCUCGGCACGAGUCGUCCCGCCCAUUACAAUGUCCUCUAUGACGAGAAUAACUUCACCGCCGAUGGCCUCCAAUCCCUCUCAUUUGCUUUGUGCCAUGUAUAUGCACGGUCAACACGAUCUGUAUCGAUCCCGGCUCCUGUUUACUAUGCGGACAUUGUUUGCUCCCGCGCGAAGAACCACUACGACCCCCAGGGGAACGUCGAUUUCUCUGAUUCUGCGACGCAGCUCGAUACUACUCAAGCCGAGGGUACCCUCGAAGCUUACAAGCGUGGGUUCAAGCCUUUGCAUGCCAACAUGGCGAGCUUGAUGUAUUUCUCUUGA